GGUAAACGUCACAGUUUGCCGAGAAAGCCUCUGCGGGCGCGCACACACACUUCCUCAAUCCCCGGAAUCACAGAGCGAUAAACGAGAGGAAGAGAGAGAGAGCACAUUUCGUCGUGCUGCGGCGAUAAAGACAGCCCCGAGUUUGAGGUGACCUUGGUAGUCGUCACCAUGGCUCCUUUCUUGAGGAUCGCCUUCAAUGCUUACGACUUGGGCGUCCUUCCUCCUCUGGCCGACCCGCCUUUCUGUGCCAUCAAGUUGAAGGAAGCUCUGACAACCGAACGAGGUAAGACCCUGUUACAGCGGAAACCCACCAUGUACCCGGCUUGGAAAGCCUUUUUUGAUGCCCACAUCUACGAGGGUCGUGUGCUGGAGAUACUGCUGAUGAAGACAGCAGAGGAGCCGCUGGCUGAGGUCACCGUGGGAGUGUCUGUCCUUGCUGAGCGCUGUAAGAAAGCCAACGGGCGCGCUGAAUUCUGGGUGGAUCUUCAUCCUUCUGGUAAAGUGAUGAUGGCAGUGCAGUAUUUCCUGGAGGAAGUGGAUUCAGAGAGUAAGGAGGCUGCCAAGGAUGAAGAGGGUCCUACACUGCAUCGCAGACGUGGGGCCAUCAAACAGGCCAAGGUCCACUUAAUAAAGAACCAUGAGUUCAGCGCCACGUUCUUCAGACAGCCCACUUUCUGCUCUGUGUGUCGAGAAUUUGUCUGGGGACUCAACAAGCAAGGCUAUAAAUGCAGACAGUGCAAUGCAGCCAUCCACAAGAAAUGCAUAGACAAAAUCAUCGGCAGAUGUACCGGUACUGCUGCCAACAGUCGGGAUACUUUGUUCCAGAAGGAGCGCUUUAAAAUUGACAUGCCCCACCGUUUCAAGAACCAUAACUACAUGAGUCCCACCUUUUGCGACCACUGUGGAAGUCUGCUGUGGGGUCUUGUCAAACAAGGACUCAAGUGUGAAGAUUGUGCCAUGAAUGUCCAUCACAAGUGUCAGGAUAAGGUGGCCAACCUCUGUGGUAUCAACCAGAAACUACUAGCUGAGGCACUUACACAAGUCAGCCAGAAAUCGUCCACAAGACGUUCAGAUCCAAACCUGGCUGACCUCUCUGAUAUUGGAAUCUACGAUGAAGUUAACAAGCUUUCUGGACUGGAUAUCAAUGAUGGAUCUCCCUAUGGCAGAUUGUGGGAGGACUCCAACCCACGGCCUCAGUCUCGUAUUACCCAUUUGACGCGCAUCAAUGUUGACGACUUCGUUUUCCACAAGGUCCUGGGAAAAGGCAGCUUUGGAAAGGUUCUCCUGGCAGAGCUGAAGGGUCGUGGCGAGUACUUUGCAGUGAAGGCUCUGAAGAAAGAUGUCGUGCUGAUGGAUGACGAUGUGGAGUGCACUAUGGUUGAGAAGAGGGUCUUGGCAUUAGCCUGGGAAAACCCCUUCCUCACACACCUUUACUCCACCUUCCAUACCAAGGAGCAUCUGUUCUUUGUGAUGGAGUAUCUGAACGGAGGAGACCUGAUGUUUCACAUUCAGGAGAAAGGCCGCUUUGAACUCUACAGAUCCAUGUUCUACUCUGCUGAGAUCAUCUGUGGUCUUCAGUUCUUACACACCAAAGGGAUCAUCUACAGAGAUCUUAAAUUAGACAAUGUGAUGCUGGAUCAUGAGGGACACAUAAAAAUCGCCGACUUCGGCAUGUGCAAGGAGAACGUGUUUGGAGAGAAUCGUGCUACAACUUUCUGCGGUACUCCUGACUACAUCGCCCCAGAGAUCCUGCUGGGACAGAAAUACUCAUUCUCCGUGGACUGGUGGUCGUUUGGGGUGUUGCUGUACGAAAUGCUGGUCGGUCAGUCGCCUUUCCAUGGAGAUGACGAGGAUGAGCUGUUUGAGUCCAUCCGCAUGGACACCCCCCACUUUCCACGCUGGAUCAACAAGGAGGCCAAGGACCUGCUUGAGCGGUUGUUCGAGAGAGACCCAACUUGCAGAUUAGGAAUCGUGGGUAAUAUCCGACUACACCCCUUCUUCAAGACCAUCAACUGGCAGGCCUUAGAGAAGAGAGAGAUUGAACCCCCCUUCAAACCCAAAGUGAAAGCACCGAAUGAUUGCAGCAACUUUGACCGGGAGUUCCUCAGCGAGAAGCCUCGUCUCUCCUACAGCGAUAAGAACUUCAUAGACUCCAUGGAUCAGGCGGCAUUCGCUGGCUUUUCAUUCAUCAACGCUAGGAUGGAGCAACUUUUAGAAAAGUGACGUUGCGAUGACAUUUGACAGACCUGGGUAACAUCUCUCCUGCUUACGAGCAUUCCCCUUGUUCUGUCACAUAGUUAAGAUUACAGUGAGCUGUUCCACAAUCAGUAUUUCUGUGACCUUGUUUUAAGCACAAACUAUUCUCCUUGGGUACGUGUAGAAAUAAUGAGAGUAGAAGCGGGGCCCUUUUACUGUACAUAUUGAUGUUAUUGUGUUUGUGUGCAUGUUUAUUAUAUGUCUAGUUCGUUUUAAGCCUUUUUGAGUAAUAAUAUGAGCAAUAUAAGGAUUUCAAAGACAAGAGUUCAGUUCAAUCUCCUGCCCUUGAAAUCCUUACCUGGCACUUGACAUCAGCGUUAUCAUCUGCAGCCAUUGUGUGUUCCUUUUUGGUAACAGUUCAUUCAACCAGAAUGGGAAUAAAUAUGUAUUUGAGGGAUAGAAACCUAUAGGAAUAAAUUAUACUGUUUACUUAAAAUGUAGAUAUUUUUUGUGUGAAUGAGUUGAGUGCAUGUAUACAAAUCUCAGAGCAACCAAACCCUGUUAAUCUAUACAUACAGAUUAAUGAUGAUUGUUAUCUAUUUUGUCUUUGACUGGAUUAAUCACGUCUUAAUGACAAGAAGAACUUGUGAGGGUAGACUCUCCAGUGCCAUGUAAAGAACACAUUUUAACAGCUGGUCUCAGAUGAGUUGAAAGCCCUGUCAUUGUAGGGGGGCUGCAGUCGGGUACAAAAGGUCAAGUAAAGGUACGUGACUUCAAACAAUGAGUGGGGAGUCAUUUAAAUGCUGUAAAUAGACAAUGUAUAUGUAUAUUGCUGUAACAUGUAUAUUGGUUCUCUUAAGGAUGUCCUUUUUUUUUACUGUCUCCAUCUUUUACAUCUGAUUAAAAAAACAAUCAACUCCCAA